AUGAACCUUCCAACCGGCCUCAAUACAGUGCGAGUGCGAGCGAUAGACACGACGACCGAAAUGGUGUGCAAUUCUGAAGCAUUCGUUCGUCCUGUAAUUCCCGGGCAUGAGUUACUCAACUUGAAAACGAUGUGCUUUCUCAUCGAUAAUGAGGCACAGAACAAAAGAAUCUUGUUCGACUGUGGUUCAAGAAAGGAUUACUGGAAUGGUCCGUUGGUCACCAGGCGCAUGAUCGGUAGUCAAGUUCCAGCACUUCAAGUUGAAAAAGGAGUGGAUGAGAUUUUAGUAGAGGCGGGCGUACCUCUGAAUUCAUUAGAUGCGAUCGUCUGGAGUCACUGGCAUUGGGAUCAUAUUGGAGAUGGCUCGAAGUAUGAUUCAGCGACAGAUAUCGUGGUUGGUCCUGGCUUCAAAGCCAACUUUUGUCCUGGCUGGCCCGAGGACCCAAACGGUGUAUUACUUAGCAGUGAUCUGGAAGGUCAUGUCAUUGACGAAAUUACAUUUGAAGAGAGCAAACUUCGCAUCGGCGAUUUUCGUGCGCACGACUACUUGGGAGACGGCUCCUUUUACAUACUCGACGUCCCUGGUCAUGCGAUUGGACACAUUUGCGGAUUCGCACGAACAACUCACGACACCUUUGUGUUCCUUGGUGGGGACUGUUGCCACUUCCCUGGAACCUUUCGGCCUACAUUCGCGUCACCAAUGCCAGAAAUCAUCCCCGACCGUCAACUCGACGAAUCAUUUCCUCGUCCAUGUCCCUGUUCUCUGUUUACUACCUUGAAUCCUUUCGCAACAAACGUAAGCCAGACCAACGAAGAACGAGAUGCCCGCCGCAUGCCUUUCUACAAGGUAACUCGGCUCAAGGACAGUGCCUACAUCUGUCCAGAGGUAGCAGAAAACAGUAUCAGAAGUCUCGAAGAGCUAGAUGCUGACCCUAACAUAUUCAUUCUCUUGGCGCAUGACUCCGCGCUUUUUGGUGUAUUGCCUUUGCUAAACUUCGCACCGAACGAGGAUAUAUCUGACUGGAAAUCGAAGGGGUACAAAGAUAACACUUUCUGGGGAUUUCUCAAUGAAUUGCCGAGGAUGGGGAAGCCGGGAAGGAAGAAGUUAGUAUCUGGCUUGAUGAGGAACGGAAACCAAAUGAUUAUGGACCCUAACGAUGUUUCGUUCCGAGAUAUCGAUGACACGAUCACAUAG